AUGCCGGACCCGGAGCUGAUCCUCUCGGAGAAUCACAGCACAUUUAUCUGUCGGCACAACAAUGAGGAUUUCCGGCUCUCAAACGUCUCAUUUGAUACAGUGGAAUCAGAUUUGUCGUCAGCUAAAGCCAGAUUACCUGGAUCUCCUCCCAUGGCAUUGUGGGUCCAGGAGUGGCAGGAGAACAUGUUCAUGGACCAGAAGCGCUUCUCGUUCAGCAUCGACAGCAUUCUGGAGAACCGGGAGCCGAUCUCGGAAAACCCUCGUGUUCCGGGAUCCUGUGAGGAGAAGCUGUCGUCUCCGGAGACUCCCGGGUGCUUCUGUUCUCACUGUGGAGAGAUUAUACACCUUUGGGGUCCGAGGAUGUUAGCAGACCCGGCUCCUGCUGCAGAAUCAUCCAGCUUCGCUCACGUUCAGAGGAGGGUCCGGCGGCACCGCACGAUCUUCACCGAGGAACAGCUGGAGGCUCUGGAGGAUCUGUUCCGGCAGAACCAGUAUCCCGACAUCAACACCCGAGAGGACCUGGCCCAGCGCACACACCUGCGCGAGGAGAGAGUCGAGGUGUGGUUUAAGAACCGAAGGGCGAAAUGGAGACGACAGAAGCGGCUUCCCUUCAGCCUUCCAGACGACUGGAAAACUGUCCUUCACAGCGACUGACGCCAACAUUAUGAUUAUGAUUAUGAUGACUUCAGUCUCCUAAAGACCAUAAGAGCUGAAACCCUUCAUUUAUCAGUUGCAAUCAUUUGUUGACAGACAUAACAAAAACAUAGGGUGUUUCCCAUUCAUAAAG